GAGUUUCCCCGCAAAACCCUAAGGCUUCGCUUCAGAUCCCUAGUGUUUUCUUUGUUUGUUUUCAAUUUCUGUCCUCGCCAUUUCUCCCUCUAAUUUAUGGGCGGUUUUCAUGGAUACCGACUCGGCGAGAGCUUCGAUGGAGUCGGUGCAGGGGUCAGAACGUGUUCCUGAGUCGAACGAAUCGCAUCUCUCGGGAACAUGCGGCGGUUCUUUCGACGGUGGCAUUGAUGUCUCCGUCGUGCCUCCGGAACCGUCUUCGGCUGGUAGCGGAGGAGGUGGAGGAGAAGGCGGGGCUGUAAAUUCCGCGGCGGAGGUCAGUCAUUCGGUUGACGCUGGCGCUGUCUUGGAGGUCGUGCCUCUGGAGCUCUCGACGGAGAUUGGCGAGGGAGUUCGAAAAGGUGAAGGCGCGAGUCUAAGUUCCGUCCCGGAGGUUAGUGAUUCGGUUUACAGUGGUCCUGCCUUGGAGAUCGUGCCUAUGGAACCAUCUUCGGCUAUUGACGUGGGACGAAGAGAAGGUACGAUUUUUAUUCCUAAAGAGAGGGAUUCCGCGAUUGGGGUUGGUGAUCAUGUUUAUGGUGGCUCUACUGUGGAUGUCGUGCCAUUCGAACCGUGUCCGGGGAUUGGUGAGGGAGGAGAAGGAGGAGUUACUGCCACAAUUGUUCAAGAGGGUAAUUCGGUUGCUGAGAUCAACGACUCAUGGCUUGUUGGAGGGGAAAUGGAGGUAGAAGCGGCUAAUUUACCAAACUUUGAUUGGGAAAAGGAUUAUGUUUGCAGAGACAGACAGGAGAAAAAGAAUGAAUUCUCUGAAAAAGAUGAGCAGCCGGCAUUUCCAGUCCUUAGACAAGAAGGUGUAGAGAACAGGGAAGAGGGCCAACAGGAGGUGGACGGCAGAAUCGUGGCCGAUGAUGAGGGUAAUGGAGUGGCGAAGGGCCAUAUAGGGGCGAUAACAGGGUCAGAUGAGACAAAUGCGGUAGCUGCAAUGGAGGAGGAAGAUCCAGGGCAGGUUGCCUCCUUGGCAGAUAAUGUUGACGAGGGAGAGAUUCCUGAUGAUAAAGUGCUAGCUAGCAUUGCUGGGUCUACGGAAAUUCUUCAGCGGGAUAAAGGUUUAGGAGAUAGUGCCUGCGAAUUAGGAAGCCAAUUGGAAUUGAAAGAGCCAUCACAAGAGUCACAUGAUGAAGAAGUUAAGGAUGCCACAGAUGGAGAUGAAAGAGGAGAGAUAGUUGUAAAAAAAAAUGCUGUGGAUGGUCAGUGUAUUCAGGGAGCUGAGACUGAGAUUGGGGAAAAGGAAGGGGAAGAAAAGAAGACUGAUGCCGUGGAGAGAGAAGACGAGCCUAUGAUGGAGAUUGAAACUAAGCCUCAGGAGGUGGACGCAGCUGAGGCUGCAGAGACUGAGACUGGGGCUAGAAUAGAGGAAGAACAGCAGGGUGUUGUCAGGGAGAGAGAAGAUGUGAAUAUGUCCAAUACCCAACCUAGACCUCAAGAGAUGGACAUUGCACCUGGUGAGGUUGCAGAAAAAAAUGUUCUGGUGGGUCAAUUGUCAACUGAUAUUACCCAGUUUGCUGGGGGAGAAGGAAACAAUCAGGAGACUGUUGUGGUUGAUGCGGAGAAGAUGGUUGUGAAGGAUCUUGAAGCUGGUGAAUCGGUCAGACAGGUUUCGGAAUCCACUGAAGAAGUAGAAACUAAUGCUGAAAAUGUGGCAGGUAUGGAGAAAGAAGGGAAUGUGAUCGGUGGUGUCGAAGUAGCAGCACAGAUGGUAAAUGCAGAAGUUGUAGAAGCAUCUGAAAAAGUGACUGAAGUAGGGGUAACUAAGAUUUCUCAAGUUGAGGAAAAAACUGAUGUAAGGACUGAACAUGAAAUUGAAUUUCAGAAGGAAGCUGAUGAGCCUAAAGAUAUGGAAACACAGGGAGACUCUUCUGUAGCUGAUAUAGUUGAGGACAGGGAGAACCGUGAGGAUACUGAAAUGACAGAGACACAGGAGGAGACCAUGAUGGCCGAGACAGGAGAGGAAGGAGAGGAUGUUGAGGAAGAAAAUAAGAGCAUUGGAGCAAAGAGGAAGCGGGGGAGAAAUUUAAAACAGCCGAAAGGGUCGGCAAAGAAGAAAGAGGAAGAUGUUUGUUUCAUUUGCUUCGAUGGUGGUGAUCUUGUCCUUUGCGAUCGCAGGGGUUGCCCAAAAGCUUACCACCCUUCCUGUGUUGGUCGAGAUGAGGCUUUCUUCCAUUCAAAGGAUAAAUGGAACUGUGGAUGGCACCUGUGUAGUAAAUGUGAGAAAACUGCGACCUACCUGUGUCACACAUGCACGUUUUCUUUAUGCAAGGGGUGUGUCAAGGAUUCUGUCUUCUUUUGUGUAAGAGGCAAUAAGGGUUUAUGUGAAACAUGUAUGGACACAGUCAGGUUGAUAGAAAGCAAGGAGCAGGAGAAGAAGGAGCCGGCACAGCUUGAUUUUGAUGACAAAAGCAGCUGGGAGUAUCUCUUCAAAGAUUACUGGAUUGAUCUGAAAGCCCAACUAUCUAUAACUCAAGAGGAGCUUGAUCAGGCUAAAAGCCCUUGGAAAAGGCAUGGUACACAAGCUACUAAACCAGAGACGACCAGCAAGAAUGAUUAUGCAAGUGAUGGAGUAUCAGAUUCCGAUAGCCCUCCAAAAAGGAGGAAGACAAGGAGACAAUCGAAGUCUGGUGGACAGAUCUUAUCAGGUAAUGAUAAAAGUUCAUCUGGUGAAAAUGUUGAGUGGGCUUCCAAGGAACUCUUGGAUGUUGUUGUGCACAUGAGACAUGGGGACAGAUCCUUCUUACCUCAGUCAGAAGUACAUACUCUCCUACUAGACUAUAUAAAGAGAUACAAUCUUCGUGACCCUCGCCGGAAAAGCCAAGUCAUUUGUGACUCCAGGCUUCAGAAUCUGUUCGGAAAAUCACACGUGGGGCACUUUGAGAUGUUAAAUCUCCUCGAUUCUCAUUUUCUUAUCAAGAAGGAAUCUCAUGCACAGGCCAUUCGAAGUACCGUUGUUGAUACAGAAGCUGAUCAUGUUGAUGCUGAUGAAAGCUUGGAUCACCCGAUGAAAACUGGGAAGGAUAAGAAACGCAAAACUCACAGAAAGGUUGGCAGUAGGGGGCGCCAGUCUAAUCUUGAUGAUUUUGCAGCAAUUGAUAUGCAUAACAUUAAUUUGAUAUACUUGAGGCGGAGCUUGGUGGAGGAUGUACUUGAAGAUCUUUCAUCGUUCCAAGAAAAAGUGGUCGGUGCAUUUGUUAGGUUAAGAAUAUCUGGCAAUCAAAAGCAAGAUUUGUACCGAUUGGUUCAAGUUGCCGGCACAAGCAAAGCUGUUGAACCAUAUAAGGUUGGCAAAAAAACAACCGACUUUGUACUCGAGAUAUUGAAUCUGGACAAAACAGAAGUGAUAUCUGUCGACAUUAUAUCAAAUCAAGAUUUCACUGAGGAUGAAUGCAAGCGUCUAAGGCAGAGCAUAAAGUGUGGAUUUAUUAGCAGGCUGACAGUGGGUGGUAUUCAAGAAAAAGCCAUUGCUUUGCAGGAAGUGAGAGUUAAAAAUUUGCUGGAAGGAGAGAUUGUGCGAUUGAGUCAUUUGCGUGAUCGUGCCAGUGAUAUGGGCCGCAGAAAAGAGCUUCGAGAGUGUGUUGAGAAACUGCAAGUGCUAAAGUCUCCAGAGGAACGCCAACGGAGGUUAGAAGAAAUUCCAGAGAUACAUGUUGAUCCUAGUAUGGAUCCAGAUUGUGAAUCUGAGGAUGAAGAUGAAAAAGAAGAGAAGCAAAGAGAGAAAUAUCUCAGGCCUCGUAGCAGUAGCUUCAACAGGAGAGGACGGGAACCGAUAUCUCCAAGAGCAGGAGGAUAUGGUUCGAGUUAUUCAUGGGGUGGCACAAGAAACUAUUCAAGCGAGAACCGUGAACUAAGCAGAAAUCUGUCUGGUAGAGGUUUUUCUAGUAGAGGGGAUAAUCCUGCUGGUGGAUCCGGUGAUAGAGCCAAUGAAAGUCUGUGGACUUCAGGCAGAGACAGAGAAUUGCAACAAUCUGCAAGCCCUGAGAAGCCAGGAUCUGUUUCUCAGAGUUCCAAUCGUGUUGGAACAGCGGAGUUGUCUCCUAGGGUAGGGUCAGAAAUCUCACCUGCACCUCUACCUACGUCUGUCACUGAACCCAUUUCCCAGAUUAAUGAAUCAGAAAAGAUGUGGCAUUACAAGGACCCGUCCGGUAAAGUACAAGGACCUUUUUCGAUGGUGCAGCUCCGUAAAUGGAACAACACUGGAUACUUUCCUGCUCAGGAGACACAGGAUGACUCUGUUCCUCUGGCCGAUGCAUUGGCUGGGCGAUUUCCGAAGCAAACCCAGACAGGCAUUUAUUCUGUUCGGGCUUCUUGUCCAUCGAGCCAGUCUGCUGGAGGAGGAUUGAAAUCUGAACCUGAAUUCGGUUCCAGUGGCAGGACUGCUCCUUCAACCCUUGAAAUUCCGAAGUCUCAGGAUAAUACUUGGGGUCCGAGUUCAGGUUCAGGCACAAACCUUCCGUCCCCUACUCCAAAUCAAACCACGACUCCAACUGCAACAAGGAGACGGAGUUAUGAGAGCAGAUGGUCCUCGACUCCUGCUCAGACGCCUGUCCAGUCGACUGUUCAGUUGGCAAACUCUUUUAUUCCACCAUCUGCCACGAAUCCAGUUUCCGCCAGGCCUGAUGUCCCAAUGACUCAUGUUGGUUCUGCUAUGGCUCUUCCAUCUUUGACACCGGCUGGUCUAAAUCAGGGCCGGGGAACCAUGCAGGCCAAGAAACUGGAUUCCAGUGGUUCUACUCAGAUUCCAUCUCAUGGUCACAUUGCCCCAUCUUCUUCCCAGAGUUCCUCCCCAUCUUUCAAUGCAGGAACUCCAGGUCUCUUCCCUGCACAGUUUCAAUCCGGUAUUCCUCCAUCUGAUUCAUGGAGGGUUCCAGUUCCGAUUCAACCAAACACUCAGGCACCUGUGCCACUGAACCUACCUUGGGGCAUGAAUGCAAUGAAUAGCAACAACCAAAAUGCUCCGCAAACGCAGGCUCCAGUGAUUCAAAGCAGUGGUUGGGGUCAGAUGCCUGUAAAUCCAAACAUAGGAUGGAUGGGGACCCCGCAAGCCGGAGCAAACCCGAAUUGGGGAUCUUCCGGUUGGGGAGGGCAACCGCAGGUGUAUCCUAAUCCCGGGUGGGGUAUGACAGGUCAAGCUGAAGCUCCAUUGAAUACUGGCUCGGGUCAUGGACCGAAAGCAGGCAACGGAAAUCUGAACUGGGGUUUGAGCAGUCAUGGCCCAUCACCAGGUGGUGCUGCAGCAAUGUGGGGAAACCAACAGAACCAGAACGGAGGAGGGGAUAGUACCACUGGUUAUGGUUGGAACAGAAACUUGAAUGGACAGAGAAUAUGCAAGUUCUUCAGAGAAAAUGGUUACUGUAGGAAAGGAGCAACCUGCGAUUACAUCCAUAACUAAGUCAGUCCUUUAGGGUUUUUUUUGGGAGAGGUUUUAGGACAUUUUGAUGUAUAUAGCAAUCAGUCUUUUUGGUUUUGUUUCUUCUGAAUCAGUAGGUAGUUGUCAGAAAAUCGUGUAAUGCAUGUCUUACUAAAACGUUUCGAAUAAUAUAGGCCAGAAAACCAGCGUACGAUGAUUAUCUCUUCCUUAAUCUACACAUCAGUUGGGUAUAUUA